UGUGAUUGGUGUAAACAGGAGGCUACAUCUCAUUCUAUAGUACCUACGCUACGUAAUGGACAGGACCGAACGGAGUUGAUCUACUGUGGCUAAUCCUAGUGGAUUCCGUCUGUGUGGCAAACGCCUAGGUAGGAGAAAGGAAUGACGGCGUUUACAGAGCAGGACAAAACUGAUAUGUUACCUGUAUUGUUCAUAACAGAAUGAAGAAAAUACCAAGACACACUCAAAUUAGAUGCAAGCCAUAACAGAUUUUAAAAAAACGGAUUUAACUCUUGGAUCAGAACGGAAAGAUUUCUAGUUGAACAGGACUGGAAAAUGAACAUGGAUGUCGGAGUAACGAUGGCAUCUUUGUGUAGUUAAAUCAAUUUCUAUCUUCUUUCUGGCACUAAAACUGCGCCGGCCGAAGUUUGCUCUAUAUUCAACUAUCGAUUAUAGAUGAGUCGUCUAUGGAGGCGUGACAUGCCCCUGUCUGAUCGGCUAGGACUACCCCCUGGUCCCCGUCCCACCAUGCCCCCCGGGCCCAAACAUCUCCUGGUUCCCAGAGGCCCCCCAGCUGACCUCAGAACAGCCCACCUUCCUGAUGACCCCCGCUGCCCAGGCCGUGUCAGGCUUCUUCGUCUGGACCGCCCUACUCUUCACCUGCCACCAGAUCUACAUGCACCUGCGGUACUACAGUUCUCCUAAUGAGCAGAGACACAUUGUGCGGAUCCUCUUCAUUGUGCCCAUCUAUGCCUUUGACUCCUGGCUCAGCCUCCUCUUCUUCACUAAUGAGGAGUACUAUGUCUACUUUGACACCGUCAGGGACUGCUAUGAGGCGUUUGUCAUCUAUAACUUCCUCAGCCUGUGUUAUGAGUACCUGGGAGGAGAGAGCGUCAUCAUGGCUGAGAUCAGAGGAAAACCUAUUCAGUCCAGUUGUAUUUACGGUACGUGCUGUCUCUGGGGGAGGAGUUACUCCAUUGGGUUCCUGCGGUUCUUUAAGCAGGCCACGCUACAGUUCUGUGUGGUCAAACCCCUCAUGGCCAUGGUCACAGUCAUCCUACAGGCCUUUGGAAAGUACCGCGACGGAGACUUCAAUGUGAAGAGUGGGUACCUGUAUGUGUCCAUCGUCUACAACAUCUCAGUCAGCCUGUCUCUCUACGCCCUCUUCCUCUUCUAUUUCUCCACCCGGGACCUGCUCAGCCCCUACAGCCCCCUGCUCAAGUUCUUCAUGGUCAAAUCUGUCAUCUUCCUCUCCUUCUGGCAGGGCAUGUUGCUGGCCAUCCUAGAGAAGUGUGGGGCCAUCCCCAAAAUCAACUCACCCGAGGUGUCAGUGGGAGAGGGAACGGUUGCCGCCGGUUACCAGAACUUCAUCGUCUGCAUCGAGAUGUUCUUUGCCUCCCUGGCCCUGCGUCAUGCAUUCACAUACAGGAUCUAUAUGGACAAGAGGCUGGACUCUCAGGGCCCAGUUCCUAUGUAUGGAGAGUCUGGUCGCUGUGCCCCCAUGAAGAGCAUCUCCAGCAGCCUGAAGGAGACGAUGAACCCUGGAGACAUGGUCCAGGAUGCUAUCCAUAACUUCUCCCCGGCCUACCAGCAGUACACCCAGCAGUCCACCCUGGAACAGGGUCACUCUGCCCCGCCUGUGUCCCGCACCAUCAGCACCAUCAGCACCCGCGACAACGAGAAGACCCUGCUGCUCAGCUCGGAUGAUGAGUUCUAAGUUAACACACACCAGCCCCAGCCAAUCACCUCUUUACUGACUGUUGGGGUGAGGUACUACCUCCUGGUCUUAUGGAGUAUUGGUAGGGGAUUUAAAGUGUGUUGUUUGGGGUUGGCAUCGACCUCAAUACAGGGAUACAGGACCAUAUCACUUAGCCUGGUCCAUUCAAUAUCCUCUACUACACACAAUUCAGGACUUUACAGGAACUCUUCUCUUGGUAGAAUAUACGCUUAUUGGGAACUUGAUGUUAUGGUUGACACCAUUGUCUAGAAAAACUUCAAUGGUUGGUUAUAUAGGACUUAUAGGGAUUUUCUGAGAGAAUUAUACUUCACUUAUUAGAGAGACAUUUAUGGUUUGAAUAAAAGUGAUUUUAUCGUUACAAAAUGUGUCUGCUAGCUAGCUAACAUCCAAUGACGAUGAUGGCCCAUACUAUAUUUAUAUUAAAGUACUUUGGCUAUGGA